AAUUUAUACUUGCCCUGUACUGUAAGUCUCACCAUUUUUUUCGUCUGCAAAAAAAUAUUCUCUCUCAGAAAACCCAAUUCCCAUGUUCAGUGAGUUCCCUUAAUUUUAUCUGCAAAAAUUUGAACCCAAAUCAGAGUUUAAAAACAAAGGAGUUCUGGUUUUGAACAUUAGAGAUGGAACAGGAGAAAAUGGUAACAGAUGAAGUCAUCAAUGGCGGACUACUAACAGUGAAAGAAGAGCCAGUACUAUUUCUUGAUGAAGAAGACAUUAUUGGCAAUAGUGAAUUUAGUAGCUCACUACUGCCAAAGCCAUUGGAAGGGUUACGUGAUGUGGGUCCACCGCCUUUUUUGAAGAAAACAUUUGAAAUGGUGGAUGAUCCUAAUACUGACUCUAUAAUCUCUUGGAGUAAUACCAAAACCAGCUUUGUUGUUUGGGAUCCUCAUAAGUUCUCUAUUGAUCUUUUGCCUAAACAUUUUAAGCACAAUAACUUCUCUAGCUUCAUUCGCCAGCUUAAUACCUACCGUUUCAGGAAGAUUGAUUCAGACAGAUGGGAAUUUGCAAAUGAGGGGUUUCAGAAAGGGAAGAAGCAUUUGCUGGUAAAUAUAAAGAGGAGAAAGCAGCAGUAUACUCAUCAAGGAUUAGGAUCAGGAUCAGCACAAUCUUGGCUUGGUUCUUGCAAUAAGGAUGGGGUUGAGGCUGAGUUAGAGAAACUGAGAAAGGAUCAAAACACAUUGAAAAUGGAAAUUCACAGUCUAAAACAACAACAAGAGAACACAGAAAGCUACUUAGCUACUGUUAAAGAGAGGUUACAGAAUAGUGAGACUAGGCAAAAGUAUAUGGUAAUCUUUAUGGCAAAAGCAUUCAAGAAUCCACUCUUUGUUCAACAUUUGAUUGAGAAGAUUAAACAGAGAAAGACUUUAGACAAUGGCACAGUCACAAAAAAGAGGAGAUUGGCUAAUACUCCAUGUGACAAUAAGUGUGAUGGACAUAGUCUUCAAGUUCAAGAGGAGUUCACAACAAUCAAGUCUGAAAUACAAACACUUUUCUCUUCUGAUGAAUCAAACAGUCCUGCGAAUGAACAGAAAAUGAAUGGCCAAGACAUGUCAUCUGAGAACUAUAUAUUGUGGGAAAAGCUAAUGGAAGAUGAUAUGAUAUAUGAAAAUGGAGCAGAAAAUGAUAAACAUUACAGUGAUAUUGUUCUUGAACUGGAGGAUUUGAUUGCAAGUUAGAGAGUUUGUGGAGCAAGUUAGUUGUCCUGGUUCAGCACUAUGAGAUAAUUGGAUGGCAAAUAAGGAAGCAGCUUUUUUCAAGAAAUGUGGUUUACUUCUCUUUCAACUGCACAGGAGCCAAAAUCAAGAAAGUGGGAUGGUGUUUAGAUUAUGUGUUUAUUGUCAUAAUCUUUAUCAGUUAGUGACUAACAAUGUACAAAGUUUAUAUAACAAAAACAUAAGAUCAAAAUAUUAAGGUGGUUUUUGUUGUUCUUAGGUGGUUGUUUAGUAGGUGCACAGGAGAUGUAGGCUUGUUAACCAUAUUGCUCUGUUCUACUCUGCUUUAACAUUAA